ACCCAGGCGGGAACUAAAAGUUAUCAUUGGACUCUUGAAGUCUGAAGUGGAGUUACGUUUCCAGUUUGCAUCCGGUUUUGGGGUUGAAAUUAUAAAAACAUGGUGAGGACGAAAGCAGACAGUGUCCCUGGAACCUACAGAAAAGCUGUGGCUGCAUCUGCACCCAGGAAGUCGCUGGGUGCCUCAAGUUCUGCAAAUGCAUCUAGCAGCUCUCAAACAGGCACGCCUGCAAAGAAUAAAUUUGCUGGUGGGAACCCAGUGUGUCCUCGACCAACCCCAACCUGGCAGAAGGGCAUUGGGGAUUUCUUUGGUGGGCCCAGCAGGAAGCCUGAGAAAGAGAACCAGCUUCCCCAGUCAGAUGAUGAAGGGGCUGGAGGCAGUGGACUUUCCAAGGCUUCCAGGAAAUCUAGACCACUUCCUGCUGAAGAUGAGGAUGCUGAUGAUGAAUGAGUUUAGUUGUUGGUGUCUCAAUUGAACAUUUUCUAGAAUUUGAAUGGGCUGAGAUUUAUUUUUUUGUAUAUCAUUGUAUAUAAUUAUUAAUGUUUUGUACAGAAGUUUAAUAAACUCUUUUUUUUUUGUAA